AGGGGAGGAGAGGAAGGAUGCGAGGGGAGAGCAUCAGGCGCACGGGCGGCGGCAGCCAAUCAGCGGCGCGCUCGGGAGCUGCAGAGACAAGCCGCGGAGCCCGGGGCUGGACCAGCGCGGGGCUGAGUCUGGGGUUCUCGGCGCGGGCUGCGGGGCCCUCGGCGCUGGCCAAGUCCCCGCUCGGCUUCUAGAUUAAGUUCCUUUCCACCAGUUAGGGUGAGUCCGCCAAGGUAGAAAAUGCUUCCCUGUGUUCACAUACUGUGAAGACUUGGACUCAAACAACUCCAGUUUGUAUUCUGCAACUGCUUCAGGAUGUAAAUGUAGUUUGACCUUUCCCUGAUGGGCAGUUAAAUCAUGGACAUGCUAUACCAUUUAUUUUGGACAGUCCUUCCAAAAAUGCUUUGGCUUCUCUCUUGAAUGCUCACUAAGCAUUUGUAGCUGACAAGGACAAGGAAGAAAGCCGUGAACUGGAAAGUUAUCUUACAAUGAAAAUUACGAGCACAUCUUGCAUCUGUCCAGUCCUAGUGUGUCUCUGUUUUGUUCAGAGGUGUUAUGGAACAGCUCAUCACAGCUCCAUCAAGGGAACCAGAAACCAAACCAAACACAUUGAAGGGGAAACCGAAGUCCAUCAUCGUCCCAAAAGGGGAUGGGUUUGGAACCAGUUCUUUGUUUUAGAAGAACACAUGGGACCAGAUCCACAGUACGUUGGAAAACUGCACUCCAAUUCUGACAAAGGGGAUGGGUCUGUCAAGUACAUCCUUACUGGAGAAGGUGCCGGGACUAUUUUUAUCAUCGAUGACACCACGGGUGACAUCCACUCAACCAAAAGCCUAGACCGAGAGCAGAAGACGCAUUAUGUGCUUCAUGCCCAGGCAAUUGACAGACGGACCAACAAGCCUCUAGAACCUGAAUCCGAGUUCAUCAUAAAAGUGCAAGACAUCAACGAUAAUGCGCCGAAGUUCACAGAUGGGCCCUACAUUGUUACUGUGCCUGAAAUGUCAGACAUGGGUACAUCUGUUCUACAGGUGACAGCUACUGACGCAGAUGAUCCUACCUAUGGGAAUAGUGCUCGGGUGGUUUACAGCAUUCUCCAGGGUCAACCCUACUUCUCCGUAGAUCCAAAAACAGGAGUUAUUCGAACUGCCUUACAUAACAUGGACAGAGAAGCCAGAGAACACUACUCAGUGGUCAUUCAAGCCAAAGACAUGGCUGGACAAGUUGGAGGCCUUUCCGGGUCCACCACAGUGAACAUCACCCUGACUGACGUCAAUGACAACCCUCCACGCUUUCCUCAGAAACACUAUCAGUUGUAUGUUCCUGAGUCAGCUCAAGUUGGUUCAGCUGUUGGGAAAAUUAAAGCAAAUGAUGCAGACACUGGUUCAAACGCUGACAUGACAUACUCCAUCAUUAACGGUGAUGGCGUUGGAAUAUUCUCUAUCUCCACUGACAAAGAGACGAGAGAAGGAAUCCUUUCCUUGAAAAAGCCACUGAAUUUUGAGAAAAAGAAGUCAUAUACCCUCAACAUAGAAGGAGCAAAUACACAUCUUGAUUUUCGCUUUUCUCACUUGGGUCCUUUUAAAGAUGCCACCAUGCUGAAGAUCAUUGUCGGAGACGUAGAUGAACCUCCACUCUUCUCCAUGCCUUCCUACACCAUGGAGGUCUAUGAAAAUGCCAAGAUCGGAACUGUUGUUGGCACUGUUUUGGCACAAGAUCCCGACAUUGCUAACAGUGUUGUAAGAUACUUCAUUGACUACCAUGCUGAUGAUGACAGAUCUUUUAACAUCGAUGCUAAUACUGGAACCAUUAAGACUGCAAAAAUUCUUGACAGAGAAGAAACCCCAUGGUACAACAUCACCGUUGCAGCUUCAGAAAUUGACAAUCCUGGUUUGCUGAGUCAUGUCACAGUGGGUAUCAGAGUUCUGGAUGUCAAUGACAACCCACCCCAACUUGCCAGGGACUAUGAUAUUGUUGUCUGUGAAAAUUCUAAGCCUGGCCAGGUUAUCCAUACUAUCAGUGCCAUUGAUAAAGAUGAUUUUGCCAAUGGACCAAGAUUUAGCUUCAUUCUCGAUGAAAGCCUGUCUAUAAACCCAAACUUCACUCUAAAGGACAAUGAAGAUAACACAGCCAGCAUUGUGACCAGGCGGAGGAGAUUUAGUCGAAGUGUUCAGGAUGUGUAUUAUCUGCCCAUUCUCAUCUCUGACGGUGGCAUCCCCUGUCUCAGCAGCAGCAGCACCCUCACCAUCAGGGUCUGCGCCUGCGAGAGGGACGGGCGCGUGCGGACCUGCCAUGCGGAAGCCUUCCUGUCCUCAGCGGGCUUGAGCACGGGAGCCUUGAUUGCCAUCCUACUGUGUGUGGUCAUUCUCCUAGCCAUCGUGGUCCUCUUCAUCACCUUGAGACGCGGCAAGAAGGAGCCCUUGAUCAUUUCCGAGGAGGAUGUGCGGGAGAAUGUGGUGACCUAUGACGACGAAGGGGGUGGUGAGGCGGACACGGAGGCCUUUGACAUCACUGCCUUGAGGAACCCGUCUGCAGCCGAGGAGUUCAAGUACCGCAGGGACAUCAGACCCGAGGUGAAGCUCACCCCCAGGCACCAGACACUGUCCACCCUGGAGAGUAUAGACGUGCAGGAGUUCAUUAAGCAGAGACUGGCAGAAGCCGACCUGGACCCCAGCGUGCCCCCCUAUGACUCUCUCCAGACUUAUGCGUACGAGGGGCAGAGGUCAGAAGCAGGGUCCAUCAGCUCCCUGGACUCAGCCACCACCCAAUCGGACCAGGAUUACCACUACCUGGGAGACUGGGGACCCGAGUUUAAAAAGUUAGCCGAACUCUAUGGAGAAAUAGAAUCGGAACGAACAACUUAGGGGGUCCCUUGUGCCCA